GUGAGAGAGUACGGUCCCGCCUCGGUUCUCUAUUGUUAAGGCUUGAGCUACGGGAUGGGCAGGAGCCACAUGCACCGUUAACAUUGGGUGUUUAUUCAGAUAGGGGCUAGAUGAGGCAAUGGAUCGAUGAAGGCCGGAUACAAUAUGGUCUGGUCUCGCCACAAACAGCACUGAACCAGUUGCACGGCAGGCAGGCAGAUUGAAUCAUCCCAGUUGAACAGCACGUGGGCGGGGAGUGUUUACGUGGAGAGUCCCAGCCCCCAUUGGCCAUCAGCAGAAUGUGAUGUCACUGACGACGCCACGGCCAUUUCCUGUCCAGCCGUGCACGUGGCUGUGUGUGCGUGUGCACGUGUGAGGGCUGAUCCGCCCUCUCUGCGUACGGGACAUGUUUGAGGUCAAACCCCAUCGAGUGGAGAAGAAGGAGUCCAGCACGGAGACAGAUGAGGGCCUGGGCAGCAGUGGGAAGCGGUACGGCUCGGGCUCCCUGGGCUCGGGUUCGCUGUACCUGUCGGACAGCCAGGACUGGGCCCUCUCCCCGGGCUGCUCCCCUGACGAGGCCCCCGGCCAGCACAGUGCCGUCUCCCCCAGCCUGGCCGACGAGACCUUCCGCUACAUGACGUACCUGGCUUUGGACCCCUCCUCCUAUCCCCUCCCCAACUCUGGAAACAUCUCCAAAGUUCUCAGUGCCGAUCGCGUUGAGCAGAUGACCCGAACCUACAAUGACAUCGAGGUGGUCACGCAUCUGCUCUCCGAGCGCGACAGGGAUCUGGAGCUGGCGGCUCGGAUCGGUCAGUCGCUGCUGCAGCGGAACAACCUGCUGCAGGAGCGCAACGAGGCCGUGGAGGAGCAGCUCAACCAGGCCAUCGACCAGGUGCACCAGCUGCAGCACGAGCUGGCCAAGAAGGACGAGCUGCUGCGCAUGGUGGCCAGCGCCUCCGAGGAGAGCGAGAGCGACUCCAGCUGCUCCACGCCCCACCCGCUGCUGCAGCGGGCCCCGGGGGGCGGAGCCUCGACCGCCGCCGCCGCCGCCGCCGCCCUGGGCCAGCUGGAGGCGCUGCAGGGGAAGCUGGAGGAGCUGGAGGAGGAGAACCAGGCGCUGCGGUCGGAGGCGAGCCACUUGAAGACAGAGACGUUCUGCUAUGAGGAGAAGGAGCAGAGGCUGGUCAACGACUGUGUCAAGGAGCUCCGUGAGUCCAGCAGCCAGGUGCUGUCCCUGGCUGACGAGCUGUCCCAGAAGGGGGAGGAGGUGCUGCGGCACCAGGAGGAGAUCGCCCAGCUGCUCUCCCAGAUCGUAGAGCUGCAGCACCGCGUCAAGGAGCUGGCCCUGGAGAAGGAGGAGCUGAGGAUCCACCUGCAGGCUUCGAAGGAGGCCCAGAGGCAGCUGACCGCAGAGCUGAACGAGCUGACGGAGCGCAACGCCGAGUGCUUGGGGAUGCUCCACGAGUCCCAGGAGGAGGUCAAGGACCUGCGCAGCAAGAGCAACACCACGGGCGGCCUCCGCAGACACCUGUCCUACGGCCUCUACCCCAUGGACUCCCUGGCGGCGGAGAUAGAGGGCACCAUGAGGAAGGAGCUGAGUGUGGACGAGGAGACGAUUUUCCAGGACCAGAGGACCUCCCAGAGGCGGGUGUUCCAGACGGUGCGCUCCGUCAACACGCUAACGGCGCGGGCCGCCUCCUUCUCCCCCAUCCCCGGGUCGGGGCUCAGCCCCCUGGUGAUGACUGCUCAGCCCUUCCUGUCGGCCCAGGGGGACGAUCACCGGCCGGCGCCGGCGCCACGCCCGCCGGGCCCGCCGGCCGGCGACCACCUCAGCGACGCCAUCCGCCGGCUCUCCCUCCGGCGCCACAACUUCUUGUGCGAGCGCAAGUUCUUCCAGGCGGAGCGCCAACGGAAGACGGAGGCCCUGGGGGGGGCGGGGCUGGAGGAGGGCGAGGGCGGGGCCAGCGGCGCCGGCUCGCCGGCGGGCAGCGGCCGCUCGUCCUGCUCCAACCUGUCGGAGCUGUCGGCGGCGUCGGGCGUGUUCAAGAGCUUCCUGCCCGAGAGGCUGCAGAUCGUCAAGCCCAUGGAGGGCUCCCUGACGCUCCACCACUGGCAGCAGCUGGCCCAGCCCCACCUGGCCACGCUGCUGGACCCCCGACCGGGGGUGGUGACCAAGGGCUUCCGCCCGCUGUCCCACGACCGGGACCCCCCUGCCGACGACCCCCCCGCCCCCUCCUACCGGCUGGACGACCCGGAGGAGGAGGACGAGGAGGAGGGGGGGCGGGGCCGCGCCCACGCCGGGGGGGCCGAGAAGGGCUCCACGGAGCGGGGCAAGCCCGUCGAGAAGGACGAAGACGAGGAGGAGGAGGAGGAGGAGGAGGAAGGGGGCAUCGUGUUCGAGGUGCGCGUCUCGUCCACGCCCGAGGACCGGCGGGAGCGGCCCAGGCUGCCGGGCUCGCCGUUGCCCUCGGCGACGGACCUGCGCCCGCCGCUGUUCAGGCCUCUGGCGGCCGUGGGCGCCGUCUCCUACGCCUCCGCGCUGCGAGCUGAGCUCACCCCCGGCUCCGCCCCCGGCCCCGCCCCCGUCUCCACCCCCGUCUCCCCCUGUGCGGUGCAGCCCGUUGCCGCGGGAACCACCCCGCCGAGCGACGCGGCGCCCAGUCCCGUCCGACCGGAGGGCGCGGCGGUCGCCUCUGCGGGCGCAGCGGCCGUCUUGUCGUCAGCGCAACACCCGGGCAAGUGCCAGAGCUCCACCUACUCCACCUACACCGUCACCACCUGCCGCAUCCUCCACCCCAACGACAUCACCCAGGUCACCUCCAGCUCCCAGCCCGUGUGGUCGGUGGCGCCCCCCGACCCGCCCAGCUCCCUGCGGACGGGCCCCAGCACCCCGGUGACGCCCUGCCGCCUCAACCUGGGGGGCUCCUCCUGCUUCCCCCCCCGCCGCCCCCUCGCCCCCCCCCCCACCGGCGCCGGCCUCGCCAAGCUGGUCCUGGAGCGCGGCAUCUCGGCCUCGGCGCGGCCCGCCCCCUCCCUCCGCCGCCCCGCCCCCCUCCUCCCCCAGGGCCCGGCCGGCGGCCCCCCGCCCCCCGGCGCCCCCCCCGCUGGCGCCGCCGGCGACCAGCGGCCCGCGCUCGCCCUCGACAACUUCCUGGCGUCGCGGCCCGCCGAGCUCUUCCUGCAGGACGUGUACGGGCUGAACCUGGGCCGGGCGCCCCCCCACCCCGACCUGCCCAGCCCCCGCCCCGGCCCCCCGCCCCCCCCGCCCGACCCCGUCAGCGUGGGGCUGGUGGAGCGGCUGUGUCGCCUGGGGUUCGGCCGGGUGCUCCAGGGCCCCGCGGACCCCCCCCCCCCCUCCACCUUCGUGGUGGCGGCGGGGGGGGGCAGCCUGCUGGCCGGCCUGCGGCGCAACCAGAGCCUCCCCGUCAUGAUGGGGGCGCCGCCGGCGCCGGCCCGGCCCCGGCCCCCGGCCCCCCCCACCUCGCUGGCUCUGCCCCCCCCGCCCUGGGGGGACCCCAAGGGGCAGCAGAGGAGGGGGAGGCUGUCCUCCUUCACCCAGCCCCCGUCCUCCGGGGCCGGGAAGCACUGAGCGAGGGGGGGGGGGGGGGUACGUGUGGCUGCCGUGCACCUCCUCCCUUCUGAUCUGCCCCCUCCCCAUCCCCAUGGCAACCCUCCCACCCUCGUCGUCGUUGUCGUCGGCGUCGUCGGCGUCGUCCCCCCGCUCGGGACUGAAACGGUUUCCACGGAAACGAUUUGGUUCCCUCGUCUUUUCUUAAAUAAUGAUUAUUGACGUGAUUCUUUUAAAAGCACAAUGGACGGCGCAUGGUUGAGCUGCGACUGUGUACGCGCGGGGAUGCCUGCUGAUGCCUUACUCCGCCUGUAUUGGGGUUAGGGGAGUGGGGGGGGGGGGGGGGGGGGGGGGGGGUGCUCUGAGGUCAGGCUCAGGUCUGGGUUCUGGGGAAAAGCAAAAUGGAGAAUAAUUCCUGUAAAAUGCGUACCAUUCUGACCCGUUGCAUCUGCAAGGCUCUGGGUGUUGGCGUACAAGAGGUGGAGGUUUGAGGAAGUGACGGAAGGGUGCCUGAAAGUGAUGAAGGAGGUGAGGGUUUUGGGGAGAAUGAAGAAGUUUGGUCUCAGUAAGUGUCGUGGGGUUUUCAGUAAUGUUUGAACCCAGCAGGAGAGGAGGGGGAUAGGUUGAGGGGAAGAGGGAAGGGUCGUCCAGGGCCUUGUGUAUAGGGUCUCUCCCAGGGGUCGUCCCUGGGCCGUACAUCUCAAGAAACUAGGGUCAGGGUCGGGGCUAAAGCUGCUUCUUUGUUGCUUGCGCGCUCAAACGAGGACUACAUAUCCCUAUGUCACCGGCGUUUUUUACAUCAAACCUUUUAUUUAAAAUAGAAACAUUGUCUUUUAAGGAUGGGACAAUUUUUUUUGUUUAGCUAGGUGGGAAUGUGUCGUCUGGUCAGCCAUAACCUUGUGCCACAGGUGGGUAUUACGGUUAGAACCUUGAAUAAAUAGCUGUUUACUUAUUUGACCGGGUUUUUUAACUAGUUGACCGUGGCAACGCUAGUGCCCGUUUGCGUCCACUGUGAUUUGUCUUUUUGUUCCUACCAUUUGCAUAUUUGACCAGCAUGCACUGCUGCACUGAUCCACUAGGGCGAAAUGGCCGAAGUCAAAAUAUUUUAUACUUUUUGCGGCUGUUAUUUUUUUGUUUGUUUUAUGCCUAAUGCUUCUUAAAGAGAAGCAACAGACAGUUUCGCCACGGGUUCGAUUUUAUUUUAAGCCAUGGUUGUACGAUUUUCUGAAUGCACUUAUUACUUUCGUUAGAGUUUAAGAAUGUUUUUGUUUUUUUCAAACGAGCUGCACGGGUUUGGUUAAAAAACACUCACCAAUGAGAAUUGGGGUCGUAGUUUAUGGGUUUAGGAUGGGGGGGGGGGGGGGAUCAGAUUCUCAGGCUCACGUCGUGUUGGUGGCUCCGUACUUGGAUGGGGGGAGGGGGCACUCUGGCACAUGCUAUUUAGUUGUGGUUCACCUUAUUAUUGAUUGUUGUGUUUAUUCUUCAGUGGUUAGCUGGUCUGGGCACUAAGCGUCAUCCCGGGUUCAGUACAAGGACAAAAUCAUGGACUUUCUUUUUAAUAACAGGGGGCCUGGUUCAUUAUCGAUUUCCGAUUUUCAAGCGCAAUAUCUCCAACAACCACAACAACGCCGUCCCAAAUGCGGAAUUUAUACUUUUACAAUUCUCGAUCUGUUCAGUUACAUUAAUACUCAAAAUAAUUUAAUCGGGGCCUGUUUGAGACGGUGGCAGUUUGGGAAUUGUGCGUCUGGGAUAUGUUUUAACACCCAAGUUGGCCCUUGUGAGUCCUGACUUAAGCUAGCUUUCCUUGCAGUCCAUCUGUCUUUCUGCCCAAACAAUCCUGUACCGAUGGAAUAUUGCACGUAUUUCUUUCUCACAAAUGUACAUUUUUAUUUUUCAUUUAUUGAUGACAGUGUAGGCAAUAUAGAAUAACACUGUACAGGAUAUAUAAAUGCGUGAUUUAACAAGGCUAAUUUAGCAGGCAUUAACGCAGUCAUCAAAAGAUAUUGCAACAUCGCAUUAUCACAAACCUUUCUUAUUUGUUUUGUUUUAAAAACUGUAUAUCAACAGCACAAGGUUUGCAAACCAAAUACUUUUUUUGUAAUUAGUGUCGACAUUGACCGACGUAGAUAUCCAGUAAGCUAACGUGUGUGUGUGUGCAUAAUAACUAGCUAACGCUAACACCAGAGAUGCCGUUUUUGCUUCGGAAUUUCAGGGCGUUAAUCGGGCAACGGUAAACAGGGAAACUUCGGCUCCGUUCUGAUUGGUUCAUCCCACAGCUUUGUUUUUUCCUCGCAGAACCUUCGUGGUCGAAUCCACACACGGACCUCUGUCUUCUGUUUUUGUUUGUUGGUUUGUUUGUUUGUUGUGGUGGUAUGAACCGCCUGGUGACGUCACCCUGCCUACGUCCUGUCGUUCGGUUGCCUCUUUUUUUAUAAAAUAAAUCCAUGGAAAUGAA